AUGGUCCGGCCCUCUGCCUCCCCCGCCUCCAAGGCCGUCGCCCUCGCCUUCGCCCAAGCGGUCUCCCGAGCCGUCCCUGCCUCCCUCAGCCACCUCUUCAUCCCCCGCAAGGGCCGCCUCUCCCUCUACGACGCCCUCCGCGACUGCAUCCCGGCCGCCGCCCGUAGCGCGGAGCAGACGUUCGGGGGGUACGGGGUGAGGGAGGUGGAGUUCAACAAGGUCCUCGAGCACAACGGCUUCACCAAGAUCCGCGACCGCUGCAUCCUUCCCGACGAUGUCGAGGCGACGGACUUCUCGAGGAGCAGCAGCGCGCGCUACUUCUUCUCCAACCGCCGCUGGAGGAACCCCGACGACCCCCACGAGCUCCAGGAGCUCCGGCAGGCCUGGCUCAAGCUCCGCCAGCUCGCGUGCAGGCUCGGGGCGGACGUGAGCCUGGAGGCGCUGGAGCAGUGCUGCCGGGAGAGGUACGGGGCGUGGGCGGAGAUGACGGUGAACUGGGAGCAAGGCGCCGCGUCGGGUGUACCGGAAGGCGAGGACGGGGAGGAAGGGAGGGAGGGGCAAGGGGCAGGAGGGGAGAGGGAAGGAGAGGAUGGAGGUGGAGACCGGAGCUGA